UGCUCUUGCCUCGCGACAAUCCCGAGAGCUGACUAAGAGAAAUGUUUAGGGUAGAAAGUUGUCCACAAACCUCCGUUGUUUCCAGGUGUUGGAAAGUUCUGUCUACAUGGUUCUAGGCAAGGACAAUCAUGUCUCGGUGGCCGCCAAAUCCAUUAAGUCCAGCAGUGAUAAUGACAGCUGCUGACGUCGUCGCAAGAGGACGGUUGAGCGGAAAGCAAGGUCCUGACGUCACAGCCGAUAAUCAAUCUGUCGUCUGAUAUCGAGGGCCUCUCAGAUCGCCAUCUAGUUUCGUUUGCAAUAUUGGGGACAUGGACACACCCCUUCUCAACAGAGAGAAAAACAGUUGAAGGCAGGUGAAAAGCUAAUUGCUUGAGUUUAAGAAGAGAUAUUGUUUGUGGUGGUUAAGUGCAUUUUGGUUGUCGUUAGUGAAGAAGGAUGAAGACACAGCUGCUGCUGACCACCUGCCUCUGAUUGGAUAACGAGGUUGGUUCUUCUUCUUCUUCUUGGUUGUUUCCUUCUUUCCAUACAUACGCGCACACACUCUCGUAUGCGUGAUAAAUGGUGUUGUCUCGUAUUGAGAACAUUGUAAAUAAGGUAUAAGCCGUUGAUUGAAAACUUCCUAUCCUGAGCAUUCCUCCCUGUAAACCAGCCUUACUAACCACAAGUCUGUCUAUUCAUGGUCCACUAGAAGUAGCGCCGGUAAUCUAAUCCCAACCUUUCAUGGUUCGAAUUCUAUCAACGCUGUCAGGUCGGAGGUCUACACAAUGGCACCACCGCUGGAAUCCUGUCUUCAGGACAUGAGAGAAAAGUAGAAGAAACAACUUCACUGCUAAGUGCAGGUGACUGCAAACAUCUCAGGUACCCGCUUGUGGAGGAACAGGCUCGUACACGCGGUCAGACAUCGUGGGAGUGAAGGGCAGGUACCAGCAGACUGGUUCUAAAAAAAAAAAUAGACUAUAAUUUUGUUUACCUAGCUUCACAACACACCUGCCCUUUUGAAAUCUCAAAUAACCGCCAGUCCUUAGUUUCUCAGCUCGAAGCCCUCGGCACAGCUAAUUUACAGCCAUUUAUUUAACAUACAUUCUCAUUUAUGUCCACUUAGGACUGUGUGGUGAGAACCCAAGAACUAGCUAGUUCAAGAGAGGUGUCGGAGAAGUGUUCCCGAUACGCCGGUGGUUGGGACAGAGCAGUGGUAAUGACAUUUCCUACAUCAGCCACAUUCAAUUUGUGGCCAAAGACUUUUUACAGGUUUUAAUUAGCGAGUGCUUUCAAAAUACUCUGGGGAAAAUAUGUCUCGAGGAAUGGCAUCUACUUUUUUUGUAAAAUGCUCUGAAACAACUGCGCCUGAGGACCCUAUCGUCACCACACAUCUGUCAUCAACACAGAUGUCGUCGCGUCGUUAAAGAUAAGGACAAGGACAGAGACAGGACAAGAACAAGACAAACAUCAAUCAAAGUGGCAUCAUCUAGAGACACUGACGCCAUCUGGUGGUCUUGCAACAGACGCUAGGUGUCGUUAUGUUGUAUGUUCAUGGGAGUCCAAACACAACCUCACGUGGAGUCCAGGCAGACGCACAAACAAGUCAUUUCGCCACCAAACCUCACGGAGCUGGGGACGACCAAGCCUGUCGGACAGGAAGUGGCGGAGCUGGGAAAGCCUAUCGGACAGGAAGUGACGGAGCUGGAGACGAGGAAGCUUGUCGGGCAAGAAGCGACGGAACAGGAAGUGACCACGCCUUUCAGACAGGAAGUGACGGAACACGAAGAAAGAGACAGCGAGCUUGAGAACAAUGCGGCUGCUCACGAUCCGGAAGUGCAGAAGAGCCUCAAUAUGGUUGGCCAACAAGCCACAUGGGAAAAGGUCCCAACAUUUUCAGACAAAAACGAUGAGAAAAGACAUCUUGUCAUCAAAAGCGACAGAGAUGACAGCAAACACAUAAAAGCAGCAGCUGACAACUUCCACGACGAUAUGGAGAAGAACGAUGGUCCAGGGAACCACCAGGUGGAGACAACUGCAGCUGAAGGGGGAGGCGAGGAAGAUGAAGAGGACAACGAUAACGAAUCAGUAGAAAUGACGGCAGAGGAAAAAGAGGAGAUGAGAAAUGCGGUCAGAGAUGGCGACAUUGACCGGCUGGAGGACUGUCUGGACAGGCCUGGCGCUGACAUCCGCAUGAUCUACUUUAAAGAAAACCUACUCAUGACUGCCAUUCGAGCCGACCAGGUCCAUAUGGCGGAGUUCCUGUUGGAUAAUGGAGUGGAUCACAACUUUUCCACGAUCUUGCUGAACAUGAAGGACACCAGAGGCGCGAGUCCCUCCCACACACUGGAAUGUUACAAGUACUCCUGCAGACAAAUGGCUUAUGACAAAGGUCUUCUCGAGAUCGUCGAGAUCAUUGACAUCCUCAACGGUCGCCUGUUUCCAGGCGUGACGCCCCGCUCGCGGUUCCCACGUUAUCAGAGACCGCCAAAGUCUUCGUCGUCGGGAGACGAUGACUCCGACGAUGAUUCCGACGGCGAAUUAUCGUCGACAUCAGCUGAUCAGUCGAAUGCUGCAAGACCAGGUGCCAAGAACCGCAGCAGAACUAGCAGCAAGGAUGGUGCUGACGCCUUUCCAGGAGAAGGUGCAAAAGACUCUGAAGGACAGAGAGGACGAUGAAGAGAAGUUCGAAGACGUUAGACCUGGGAACAGAGGUCAAGGACGUGCCAGAGACAUCUUUAGGGCUCGAAACUCUGCAUGGCAAUGGCAGUCAUCACACCAAUGACAAGGGCACUAGAGAGAACAACGACGAGGGUCAAAAAGAUCUCGGAAAAAAGAAAAGCGUCAAGAGGAAAGAAAAUGAGAAACAAAGGGAUGGAACAAAGGGCCAAGAGGAAUUGACAUCAAAGCACUCUGCCGCAAGCAAGAACUUGCUCGAAGAGAUAAUGAAAGAGGCAGACGGCAAGGAUGUGGCUGGGAAACCUGAAGAUAGCAAGCAAUUCAUGGAGCACAGUGACGAAGGGUACGAGACCAUGUCCCCCUCCCCGCCACUCAGACAGCAACACCUGUCUCCCAAAGAUCAGCCUUCAGCCAUCCAGACGAAAGCGACCAAGGGGUUCAUGGGCCUGAAACGUGCCACAGAAAACCACCUCCACAACCAGCUGACCGCCAAGUACAACGAAGCCCGGCCUCUGAGGUGGAGAAAAGUCAAAUCUGCAGGAAGCUACAUUGUGGAAAGCCCUCUUUGGCACCAGUCCCUGCCUUCGCACCUCCUUCCCCAGACAUCGUCCCAAGUGGACAUCUUGUCAUCAUCACCACCAUCGUCAUCGUCAGCAUCAUCCUCCUGCAGUUCUUCCACACCCAUCACAGAGAAGCGCUCCGCGAAUGUCACCGUGGAGUUCGAAUCAAUUCAGGUUCUGGAAGACAACAGCAUCACAGUCCCGAAGAUUCUGCGACCAUCCCAAAAAGUGUUUUCUUCCCCCGAGUCCUCUGCUAGCGGAAGUGCAAGUCCCUCCUCCUCCACCUCGAGGUCGAGCACCUCGAGUGCCAUGACCUACCCGCUGAAGCAGCGGGUGGCCAACUACAUGCGAAUGACAGCCAGCAGCUUCGUCAAACGACGACUGGAAUCCAGCUUCAGCCAAUCGUACAGCUCCUUAGACUUCGUGAAGUCGACCUCCAUGGCUGGAAACGGCAACAGUCGUCACCUCAAACGCGUCGUUGUCGUUUGCCCGCAGCAGUACUGAUAACUCUGAACGAAAGUUAGAUGUGACACGUCAUCAGGCGGGUCACAGAGGUCACCUCCCUCAGGACGUGCAGGUGUCACCGACUAAUACGUGCGCGGCAAGCUUCAAACUCGGUUCCAGAAGUGAUAUAAACACCAGCUUGCUGGAGAUGACCGUACCAAACAUCAGAAACAACAGGAAUGUGCAGAUGUCCAGGCAGACAUCUUCGUCCAGCAAAUCCAGGUAGCACGUGCACAGGCCGUGGCUCCACGCUUGGAGACUUACAUGAAAGAGUCGAGAGACCUGAGAUCCACAUGAAAUGGAUAAUGUGUGGCUCACCUUGCAGAUUGCUAGUCUACAGCUCCUUGAUCACUGAAUAAUGUUGAUGAGAUACCUAUCACUGCUUUGAACACUUGUAGUAGUCUGUACUGGACUUGCAGAAGCCUUCAGGGACAAGACCAUCCCCCACUCCCGCGCCCCCCGACUCGCCAGUUGACACAACAGUUCCAAAGCUGCAGCUUUGCCUUGGGAACUAUUUUUUACAAAUAAGACUUUUUUCUAUACUAUGAAAAUAUUCUGUACUAUGAAAAUAUAUACAUAGGUAAUAUGUGCAUCACCAUUGCUGCUGAUGCUUUUUACCUCACUUCGAUUUUCUUUUUUUUUAAAAACUGAUAUUGAUGAACCUGUUCAGUGUUUGCAUGUUCCACGUGCAGAGGCCAUACCUUAUGGUGGAGGCGGGGAUGAUUUCGAAAUGUUUCAUUAAAGUUGGCGCAGAUUUUUCAGGGAUCGCCAUCUCUUCGUUGUUAAGAAAAAAGUUGUGAUUAAGCAUUCGUUUUCAUUUAGUGUUUACGUGUUUAAAUCCUUGCUUUUUGCAUAUUUUUGUAUGCAGAUUUAUUUAUUACUGCUGCUCAGGAUUGUGUGAUGUUUCAGUACUGUAAGUAAAGCCUACCCCAGAAUGUGCCUUUGCGCUGUUAUGUACAGGAAGGCACUGGUCUUCACAGAUGUUUUAAACCACGAGACCUUCACACUUACAUACUAUAUGUAUAUGAUAUCAUUUAGUGCGUGGCACCCACAUAGUUUGCACUUCAUAGUCAUUAUCUGUAAUUCUUUACUGCUGUUUGCAAGAACAGAUGUCACCGAAACACUUUGGCUUUUAAUGAACUUAUGUAGAGCUGAUCCUUGAUAGUAUGUAUAUCUCUCCCACACAUAAAACCUGAUCCGGGUACGAUUGUUUUAAACAAUAGGGUUUAGGUCUUAUUGAGAUGCCAGUUCCACCAGUUACUACCACACCCCACUUUCAGGACUAUAGACGGCACAUGAGCCUCCAACCUUGUGUAGAGUCUUGAUAUCAUAUUGCCUUUUCGUUGUCAGGUAACAGAUUCAAUAAAAAAAACUCAAACAAAACUGAAGUGGAAGUUAUAUCAAAGUAGCUGCUGAUGUACAUUUCUGGGGAAUGGCCGAAUGGGUUCUGGUUUAGGUGUGGGCAUACACGGCAAGUAUUUGCCAGAAGACUGUGAUAUAUUGUUACUUGUUACUGGCCUUUUAUUUUUAUUCAGUCUAAGAAAUAUUUUGUUUAAAAUUUCAUUCUUUGUUCCUGAACUGGUUUAGUACUAAAUAUCUGCCACAAAUUAAAAAUUAUCUGUCUAGUCUCUCUUUGUGCUUUGACUUUCCAUGUGUAACAUUUACAAGGAGGCCGCCACCACUUUUUUUAAAAUUCAUUUUAAAUUCAAAAUCAGCUGUCUGUCUGCCAGUCCCAUCAGGAUUGCUUAUCUCAUGAUCUGUACAUCGAACAUUUUGUCGAAACCCUAGUGAAAUAAUAACUUUUUUGUGCUUCAAAA